AUGCAAGAGGGACGGGUGGGCCCACCAUGUAAGAGGGGUGGGCACGGCCUGGGGACUACACCUGUCGCUAUUAGACUUUGGGCAACGUCGAGACAGUUGGGUACGCUCGUCAACUUGGCUGAAUGGCUAUCGUCUGUCAAUGAUGGCAACCCGGCGGUGCGCUUGUCAGCGUGGCGUCUGUCUAGUUGGAGACAGAGGUUCUGGACUGUGGUCAACUCGAGAUGGACAACUUGGCAGCAUGGCGGUGGACCCAGCAUGGGCGGUCAGCGUGGCAGAGUCAGGUCUGUCUAG